CAGGUGGAAGCCCACCGACGAUAAAGCUUCGAAAUUCUGUCUGAUUGAGCCCACCUUUCACUAUUAUUACUCAUACCACAUCUCCUGCAAACACUUCAGUGAGACCAAACCCGGAAAUUUCAAUGGCACAAACCCUGCAGGAAAUUCUUGUCUACCUCGACAAUUUGGAACGUUGUUUUCUCGAGAGAAUCUUGGAGGCCCGCAGACAUGUUAUGGAGCGUCUUGCCAACUACCAGUCAAACGUCACGAUGGGAAGCAAUGAGUACUACGCUAUCGCACCUUCCGAGACUUUGCUCGACCCUUCACUCGACCCUGUGUUCAGGGGAUCACUGCUAGAGGGUACAGGUCCUACUCCCGAAAGCCAAUUGUUGCCUCCUCAACGCUUCCAAGGCUCAAUUGUCGGCAACGCCCCCAUGGUUAUCGAUGACGGGCCCGUUGUUCAACCUGUUCAAGACUUCAGUUUCGGCGAUGCCUUCACAAUCGCCGACGACGGACUUGUUGCUCAACCUGUCCAAGACUUCAAUUUCGGCGAUGCCUUCACAAUCGCCGACGACGGACUUGUUGCUCAACCUGUCCAAGACUUCAAUUUCGGCGAUGCCUUCACAAUCGCCAACGACGGACUUGUUGCUCAACCUGUCCAAGGUUUCUUUGAUGCGGGCUUUCCCCAGGUCCCAUCAAACUCCCCAGCCAAGGCAAAGGUAACGUGCCCCAAAUGCCCGGCAACCUUCAAGAGGGAUAAUUUGAGACGCCACCUCAACGAGGUACAUGAGGCGAAGCCCAGGACUAGUUGUGACCGUUGUGACAAGAGCUUCAAGCGCAAGUCUAGUAUGAAAGGUCAUAAAUGCAGAGGUUCCUAGGUUAUGUUAAUAGUAUGUACCAUGAGUAUUAACAAUACUCACGAUCUCGCUAGUACCGUUCUCGAGGUAAAACAUGCGAUUCAUCAGA